AUGGCAACAGGGCAACAAAGAAAGAUUGACUUGACUCAACUUCAACCUCAACAAAUCAUUGAAUUUCGUAAAUCUACUGAACAAGAGAUAAACCAUUUCACUCAAUCAUUACAAGCCUUACAAACAGCACAAUCAAGAUUGAAAGAAUGCAUUAAUAGUGUUGACAACAUGGAAAAAUCAGAUGCAUCUGAGUUAUUAGUUCCGUUGACUAGUUCUUUAUACUUACCAGGUAAGAUAGCGAAGAAGGAUGAAUACUUAGUUGAUAUAGGUACUGGGUAUUUUGUUAACAAGCUGGCAAAGGAAACUAAAUCUGUUUAUGAAAGUAAAAUAGAAAAGUUAAAUGGCGAUUCGAAGAAGCUUAAGGAAAUAUUAGUUCAAAAGAACGAAAUAUUGAAUAGCAUUAAUUUGGUGUUAAGAAAUAAAAUGAUUGAAUAUGAAAAACAACAGAAACAGCAACAAUAA